UAUCCUCCAGAACAAGCUCAAGGUAGGUAACGCUCAAUCCCGUUCGCUCGUGCACCUCCGCAUACUAGCCCACCCCGUCCCUCUCACAGGAACGUAAAUACUUCGAUUCGGGCGACUACGCACUCUCGAAAGCCGGCAAGGCCAGCGACGUCGGCGUAACCAACAUCGGCAGCCAGCACCCGCUGCCCGAGAACAUCCCGCACAUCCACAGCACGCCGACGCCCGGCAGCAAGGCGGGCGAGGUCGGCUCGCCCAUCAAGGAGCACACGCACCUGCACUCGUCGCCGAUGGCGAGCGAGGAGCCCGUUACCGCCGAGGAGCUGGAGCGUGAGCAGCAGCAGGAGGAGGAGCUGGCCGCCGAGAAGAAGGUCGAGGUCGAUGAGAAGGAGAAGGCUAAGACUGAGGCGUGAGCUUAUCGGGGCUGGAUGGGAUGGGAUGGGGCGGGAUGGGAUCGGUUGGGAUCGCUGGGAUGAAAUGACAUGGCAUGGUGUGGCGCGCGGAAAGGAGGUUUCUUUUUACUCUUCUUCGUUGACCAGACCGAUCAGAUGAGAUGGGCCGUAUUUUCACGCACAUGCUCUAAACGAAACGCAUCCACAUCUACAUCUACAUCCACAUCCCCCAUCUCCCCCUUCCCCCAUUCCCCCCCUCCUUCCCCUUCACCUCCUCCUCAUUUUCCCCCGCAUACACACGCAUGCACACACGCAGAUAUACAACAUACUCGGUCAUUACAGUAGUUUACGCGAGCAAGGCAAGCAAGCGCGUUUUCGUCGUUGUUUCUGGCGUUGAGGGGUUUAGUUUUUAGUUUUCAGUUUCGAUUCGAUGUGGGGAGGAGGGAGCUGCUGGCGACAAUGUGCCGACUCUGUUACCUAUGUUUCUUCUUCUUCUUCUUCUUCUUC